AUGUACCCUGAACAGGUGGGAAUCCCUGAGGAAAGGUUAUUAACUCGGCGCGGCGAAAAUUUCCGAGGCGGCGAUGAAGAAAUUUACGAGAACGGCCAGAGGCUUUUUUUGGUCAAGCUGGUAGGAGAUUUGAGUUGGGUAGGUGUAGUUGCUGUGAAGAAAGAAAAGAGGAAUUGGAUUUUAUGGAAAUUGACCAGAAUUAUUUCCUUUCAUAUUCGAGAAAUGACAAUCCGAAGAAACGAUAGAGAUCGACAAAGACGAAUGGAUGAUGUAGCAGACUUCAAAACAUCUCUCCACAAUGAAGACACGCUCUGCGAAGUCUGCGUAGCAUACGAUAUAGCCACCUAG